AUGUCUAUUGCAAAGGAAGGCACCUAUGUCGAACACGACGAUCACCCUACUGUCGUCAAACGCAAAAAAUAUGAAGCAGAGGCGGAAUCUUUGCAAGAUAGUAACCGGUUCCGCACGUCCAAGAGUCUCGUUCGGAAGCUAGACGUGACUCUGGUGCCUAUCAUAUGGGUGAUGUAUCUCUUCAGUUAUCUGAACCACACGGCAAUUGCGUAUAUGAUCAUGCAAAUCUCGAGUAACAGGCUUCUCACAAGUGCCCACCCGUCUCUCUACCUUCCAUUUUGGGGUCUGCUGUUUCUGCACGCUUUCACCAACCCUUACCUGUGCGAUGCGUCUACGUAA